UCCCCAGGGGGGUCAUGGAGAAAUCCUUCAUGGAGUAUCUGGAUUUCUACGAGGGCGUGUGCAAGGAGAGGCUCUACCUGCAGGGCCAGACCAUGCAGGACCCUUUCGGGGAGAAGCGCGGGCACUUCGAUUACCAGUCUCUGCUGGGGCGGCUGCAGGCGCUGCGGGCGCGGCUGCAGGAGCGGCUCCAGCCCGACAGCGCCGACAUGGACUCGGAGAGCAGCUCCUCGGAGCCCGAGCCGGACUCUCAGAGCUGCCCCAAGGCUUAAGCGCGCCCUAGGCCGGGCUUAAGGACCUCAGCACAGCCGGGGAGAGCCGCGGGAUCCUCCCCUCCCUCCUCCCGCCCGAGCGCCGCGAGAGAGAAUUCCCAGAGAGGAGAAUUCCCAAAAAAAAAAAAAAAAACAAACAAACAAAAAAAAACCGCAGGGACAACAAAGCCGAGCUCCUCUUGGACAAAGGUACCUCCUGGCACGUGGCAUCAGGUUCAUUUUGGGGUUUUUUGGGAAUUUUUUGGGGGUUUUUUUGGGGUUUUUUUUUUUGUUUUUUUUUUUUUUUUCUCCGAUUAAAAAAUGAGCGCUAGACUGCAAAUCCUCGAGAGGUUUUUGUGCCCCUGGAGCUGUGGGAAUAAUCCAGGUGGAAUUUGGGGGGAGCCUCCCUGGUGUCUUUUCUUCUAGGCAGACCAAAGAUUUAAAAAAAAAAAAAAAAAAAAAAAAAAAUUUAAAUAAAAAAAAAGGAAAUUUUCACUGCUGGAACCGGGGGCACUUUGGAGAUUUCAGGAAUCUGUGGAUUUCUUCACCCUGGAAGUUUGGGAAAGGAAGGGAGGAGGGGGAGCACUCAGAGAUCCCAGUUUGGUCCAUUUCUCCAACUGUUGCUUUUAUUUUUUUUUUUUUGGAGGGUUUUUUUUGUUGUUUUUUACUUUUUUUUUCUCCUGGAGCUGUUUUUUCCUCACCUGGAAUUCUGGAAUUCUCCCCACCUUGGGUCGGUGUCACCUUGAAUUCCCCUCCCUUGCUGCCACCCCCAUGGAAAAAAAAACCAAAACAAAAACAACAAAAAAAAAAAACCAACAAAAAAAAGGACAAUUCCAGGUGGAUUCUCAGAGAAAUUCCUUUUGCCAAAUGUAAAAUUCUGCAUUUUUGGGACUGCUCAGAGCAGGAAUUGUCCUGGCAGUGACACAGAGCCACCCCAAAAAAAUUCCACAUUUUCCAGGGAGCCACUGGAGCAGAGUUUGGGUGAUCAAGAGCUUCAAGACUCGAUUUUUUAUUUUAUUUUUUUAUUGACAAAACCGAGCACAAAGUUGCACAUUUUGCCCCUUGUCCCACUUCCCAGUUUGGCCCCAGUUUGGAUCCUUGCUGGUGCUGGGAGGAUUUUCCCAGCUCGGGCUCCUCAUCCUGAGGGGUCAAAGAGGAGCCAAAAAAAAUCCCAAAAAAUAAAAAAAAAUAAAAAAAAAAUAAAA